AUGGUGACCAUCGAAUCACUGACGAAGGAACAGUUGAAGGAUUUCUUACAACAGCAAGAGUUAUUAACUACAGGUAAUAAGGCGGAAUUAGUUGCACGAUUAACUGAACACUUGAAGUCAAGCGGGAUAGUUUUGCAAUUUACAAACGAUAAUGAGGAAUUGCGGGGUGAAAAUGAAGAAUUUAGAAAACAAAUUAGCGAACUGCGGCAAAUGGUUCAACAAGUAGCCAUUAACCAGAAUAACGUUAGAAACACUCAAAACAGUACUUCAGAAAUGCCUAGUAAGGACCGUAACGCGCAUUCUAUACGAGAAAUCGCAGAAGUCUUGCCCGAACUCGACCCAACGAAUGAAGAUUCUAUUACGGCUACGCAAUUUGUCGAACGUGUCGAAGCUGUUAUGUCUGUAUAUGCGUGGCCCGAAAAAAGUGUGCUUCUUGCAGUGUAUAGCCGUUUGAAGGGUGUAGCGCGCAUGUGGGUGGACGCAUCACCAAGAAUGCAUGCUACUUGGAAGGAGUUCUCAAAUGAGCUUGGCACCGAGUUCGGUUGCGAAUACGAUGAAGCGGAUAUACAUUACAAUAUGUCGCGCGUUGCUCGAAGGCAAAACGUAACAAUAACUGAGUCCAUUUUUCGUGUCUCUGCGCUAGGACGACGUCAGAAUCUUAGUGAGAUGGCUAUCACGAAAUACGCUCGAGAAGGAUUAAAACAUCGAGAACUACAAAUGGCGAUUGCUCCGCUAAAAUUCGUAUCCGUUAAAGAAAUGCGUGAAGCAUGCGAGAACUUUUUACAAAAUUGCAUUAAGAUAAACGAAAAGCCUUUUUAUGAUGCGGGUGAAAGCGAACAAAGAAUACAAUCGUUCAGUAAGGCAAGGAAUGUUAUGUGUUACAAUUGUGGUGAGUCAGGGCACUUGUCAGUAAAUUGUGCAAGACCCCCAAAACGUCCUCGUUAUAUAGAUUGUAAUAAGGUGCAUCCCAAAAAUGAACAGCAAAAUUGCGGAAAACCAUCAGCUUUUGGGCGAAAAACAAGUAUUAUCGACAAUAAAUUUCUUAAGAAAAUAACGAUUGGUAGCAAGCAAGCCAUUGCAUUUAUUGAUACUGGAAGCGAAUGUAAUAUGGUCCGAGAAACAUUUGCCAACGAUAUUGGUGGUACGCGCAGCAAAAACCUAUUUACCAUCGGUGGAUUCGGUGGUGGUAUAGAACGAUCUGAGAUACAAAUCGACACGGACAAAGUAAAAACGACGUGUCAAAUUAAUAAACUUAGUCCAAUAACGGAAGAUGACGUGUGUAUGGACACUAUAAAUUCAGACUCUAAGGGAAAGCUGUUAGAGGUGAUGAAUGAAUUCCGAGAAUGUUUCGCUACAGGUAUGGAUGGAAUCGGCAAAACUAGUGUAGUCGAAAUGAAAAUUGAGUUAAUGACCAACGAGGUGAUCGUACAAGUCCCGUAUAGAGUUCCGGAACCGAAAAAAGAAAUCGUUGCGAAGAAAAUUCAAGAGUUGCUCGACAAUGAUAUUAUAGCUCCGUCCGAAUCAAGUUAUGCGAGUCCAAUGUUGCUUGUGAAGAAAAAGAAUGGCGAACAUCGACUUUGCGUGGACUACCGUCGGAUUAAUCGAUUCACUCGAAAAGAAUGCUACCCAAUGCCCAAUAUCGAAGAAAGUUUACAAGAAGCAACGAAGUAUCGAAUCUAUAUAUCGUUAGAUCUUAACUGUGGUUAUUAUCAAAUUCCUAUAGAACGUAACAAUCGUAAAUAUACUGCAGUAGUGGUUCCUGAUGGUCUGUAUGAGUUUAAACGGAUGCCGUUCGGGCUGAAGAACGCACCAGUCCUGUUUCUACAAUUGAUGGCGAAAAUUAAGACGCGCUUGAAACCCAGCGAUAUGAUUCACUACAUGGACGAUAUGCUUGUUGGCGGUAACGAUGAAAAAGAACUUCUCGGAAAGUUUCAACGAAUUUUAGGUGUAAUAAAAGAAUUUAAUUUAACAUUGAAUUUAAAAAAAUGCGAAUUUCUGAAAGAUACUAUCCAAUUCUUGGGACAUCAGUUGGGACCCAACGGGAUAACGCCGAGUGAAAUCAAGACCGAAGCCAUCCAAAAUUUCAACAUGCCUACAACGCAAAUAGAGGUGCGGCGCUAUUUAGGGUUAACGGGAUAUUUCCGUAAGUUUAUACCAGGCUACGCAAUUAUAUCCGAACCGUUGCGACAAUUGCUUAAGAAAAACGCCGUCUUUAAAUGGACAGAUCAACAAACAAACGCCUUUGUGAGUCUAAAUGAAGCACUAACAACCGGACCAGUAUUAACGGGCUACCGAGUGAAAGCUGACCAUCAAGUGCAUACAGACGCGAGUGCCAUCGGACUCGCAGGUGUUUUACUCCAAAAUGAGAACGGAGAUUGGAAGCCGGUGGCGUACUUUAAUCGAUCUAUCACACCGCUGGAAAGGAAAUAUCACAGUUACGAAUUAGAAACGCUUGCAGUUGUCGAAUCUGUGGACCGCUUUAAAUAUUACAUCUAUGGAAAGCCGUUUACGGUCAUUACCGAUUGCAAUGCUGUAAAAUUGGCCAUGCAAAAGCGAAAAUGA